AUUCACUCAACUGACUGAAAGGUGAAAACAGUUUAAUUUUCACUGGAAACGAACGGAAGAUAGCAUUGCCUCCAUUUUCCCUGAAAGAACACUGAAUACAUGGACUCCCUCAACUCUACCUUCCUCUCCAGUACAAUCCAUCUCUACCCUUCCUUUCCUCUCUCUAAACCACCCUCCACGAACCGCAAACUUCGCAUUCAUUCCUCAGUCCGCCCAGACCCAUUUUCCCUCAGCGACGGCAACCCCGCAAAACCCAGACCCAAAUCUAAAAACCCCAAAAACCCACUCUCAGACGACAACGCGCGUCGAAUCAUAAAGAAGAAGGCUCAAUACUUGAGCGCGUUGAGGCGUAACCAAGGUUCACGCGCCAUGACUCCGAAAUGGAUAAAGAGAACUCCGGAGCAGAUGGUGAAGUACUUGGAAGAUGAGAGGAACGGGGAGUUGUAUGGGAAGCACGUAGUGGCGGCGAUAAAGGCUGUUAGAGCGAUGGGGCAGAGAAAAGAAGGGGAAGUUGAUGUGAGAAGAGUGAUGGGGAGUUUUGUUGGGAAGUUGAGCUUUAGGGAAAUGUGUGUCGUUUUGAAAGAACAAAAAAAUUGGAGGCAAGUUAGGGAUUUCUUUGCUUGGAUGAAGUUGCAGUUGUGCUAUCACCCGAGUGUUAUUGUUUAUACAAUUGUUUUGCGAGCUUAUGGGCAAGUGGGGAAAAUCAAACUAACUGAGCAGACCUUCCUGGAGAUGCUUGAAGCGGGAUGUGAACCCGAUGAAGUAGCUUGUGGUACCAUGUUGUGUACAUAUGCUAGAUGGGGACGACACAAGGCUAUGCAAUCAUUUUAUUCUGCCGUGGAAGAAAGGGGCAUCAAAUUGUCAACUUCUGUUUACAAUUUUAUGCUGUCUUCUUUGCAAAAGAAAUCACUCCAUGAAAAGGUCAUUGAUUUAUGGAGGCAAAUGGUUCAUAAAGGGGUGGCACCUAACAGGUUCACUUAUACAGUAGUAAUCAGCUCACUUGUUAAAGGGGGUCUUUGUGAAGAGGCUUAUAAGUCUUUUGAUGAGAUGAAGAAACUUGACUUUGUGCCUGAGGAAGCAACUUAUAGCCUGCUUAUUAGUUCUCACACUAAAGAUAGUAACUGGAAGGAUGCACUAAGAUUAUACGAAGAUAUGAGAUCCAGGGGAAUAGUUCCAAGCAACUACACAUGUGCUUCACUUUUAACUCUGUAUUAUAAGAAAGAAGAUUAUUCACAAGCUCUAUCUCUUUUUACUGAGAUGGAAAGAAAUAAAAUUGCUGUUGAUGAAGUUAUUGGCUUGCUAAUUAGAAUAUAUGGAAAACUUGGGCUUUAUGAGGAUGCCCAAAAAACAUUUGAAGAGAUUGAUCGGAUUGGCCAACUAAGUGAUGAGAAAACAUAUUUAGCAAUGGCGCAAGUCCAUCUUAAUUCAGGCAAUCCUAAGAAGGCUCUUGAUAUUAUUCAAAUGAUGAAAUCUAGAGACGUUUGGUUCUCAAGAUUUGCUUAUAUUGUUUCUUUGCAAUGUUAUGUCAUGAGUGAAAAUCUGGACUCUGCUGAAGUGACAUUACAGGCUUUAGCCAAGACUGGACUUCCCGAUUCUGGUUCAUGCAAUGACAUGCUCAGACUGUAUAUUAAACUUAACUUGACAGAAAGGGCCAAGAAAUUUAUUGUGCAGAUAAAGAAAGAUCAAGUAGCUUUUGAUGAGGAGCUUUAUAGGACAGUUGUAAAAAUAUAUUGCAAGGAGGGAAUGAGAGAAGACAUUGAACAACUGACAAAAGAGAUGGUUAGUGAUGAUUCAUAUAAAUAUAACAAGUUUAUUCAAACAUUUUUUAAAGCCAUAUGCGGAGAAUCCCUUGGACAUCAGAAAGUCAAAGGCAAUGGGACCUCCGACAAACUUGAUUCCACGGCUCUUGGGUAUUUGCUCAGGCUGUAUCUGGAAUGUAAGGAUUUGAAUAAUUUGGAAAAAGUAUUAAAGUUGUUGCUUGAGACUGCUGAUAGCAUGUCUGUAUUAACUCAACUUCUUAGCAACUUUCUGAAAGAAGGUGAUAUAUCCAAAGUGAAAGCUCUUAAUGACCAAGUUGUCAGGCUAGGUUGCAGUGUGAAUGAUGCAACAAUUGCAUCUAUUAUUGGUUUAUAUGGAAGGGACCAGAAGCUAGAACAGGCCGAAUAUGUCUUCGCUGCAGUUGCAAAUUCUCCCACUUGUGGGAAAUUGAUAUAUAACUCAAUGAUUGAUGCAUAUGUUAAAUGCAGUAAACCUGAGGCGGGAUAUUCAUUAUAUAAAGAAGCAUUCAAAAAGGGGCAUGAUCUAGGUGCCAUUGCCAUCAGCAAAGUUGUCAACUCAUUGACUAAUUUUGGAAAACAUCAAGAGGCUGAAGAGAUGAUACACUUUUGUUUUCAGAACAAUUUGGAACUUGAUACUGUAGCAUACAAUACAUUCAUCAAGGCAGCUUUAGAAGCAGGUAAAUUACAUUUUGCAACCAGCAUUUAUGAGCAUAUGCUUUCCAAGGGAGUUGGUCCAUCAAUUCAGACUUAUAACACUUUGAUUAGUGUGUAUGGACGAGGUCACAAGCUGGACAAGGCAGUGGAGAUAUUCAACCUUGCUCGCAGCUUGGGCAUGACUCUGGAUGAGAAGGCAUAUAUGAAUCUUAUUUGCUAUUAUGGGAAGGCUGGUAAAAGGGAUGAAGCUGCCUCAUUGUUUGCUAAAAUGCUAGAAGAGGGGAUAGAUCCCGGAAUGGUAAGCUACAAAAUUAUGAUCAACAUAUAUGCCAGUGCAGGUCUAUGUGAUGAAGUUGAGAAACUUAUUGAAGCCAUGCAUAGGGAUGGUCCCUCACCUGACUCGUCCACCUAUCUUUCCCUUCUUCAGGCUUAUACUGAGUGUUUGAAAUAUGCAGAAGCGGAGCUAACUAUAGCUUCUAUGAGAAAAAUGGGCAUCCUGCCAACUUGUGCUCAUUUUAAUCUUUUAUUGUAUGCUUUUGCAAAAGGAGGGAUGACGAGGGAAGCAGAAAGAGUUUAUAAGGAACUAAUUACAACUGGUAUAAGUCCUGACCAGGCAUGUUACCGAACCAUGAUAAGAUGUUAUUUUGACUAUGGAUUGGUGGAAGAAGGCAUAAGCUUUUUUGAGCAGAUCAAGGAUACUGCAAAACCAGAUAGGUAUAUCAUGAGUGCAGCUGUGCAUUUUUACAAGUAUGCAGGAAAGGAAUCUGAAGCUCAAAGUAUUCAGGAUUCCAUGAAUAAUUUUGGGAUCCCAUUUUUGGAAAACCUCAAAGUAGGAUCCAAGAUGAAAACCCUUUGAUCUUUAACAGUAUCAUUUUGGUACAAUGCUUCACAUUUGGAAAGUAUCUUCAUUUCUAGCCUGAGACCUAGCUUUUUUCUUGGAAGAAGGCCAUGAUUUACCAGGUACCCGGGUUUAUUCGAUCUAUUCUAUUUGACGGCCUUGUGGUUGAAUGGAAACUCUAAAGUGAAAGCUAACUCUCUUCGAACGGCUGAUGCUGAAAGAUACUCUUUAUUGCUUCCCUCUGAGAACCGUCAAGAGGAAUCAGAGCUGGUAGCAGCGUAGGAGAAAACGUUAGUAUUGCUCUCAAGUUGAAUGACUCUGCUUUUCGAUGGUUUUUUUUUUGAAUAGUCUCAUUAGAAUUUUCUUAACCUACAAGGCACACACACCUUGCAGAGGCUGCUGUUCAAACCCAGGACCUUUAAGAAGAUUAACAUUAUCUUUUACCAAUGAGAUCACUUGAU